CUGCGGUGGGAGGGGAGCUGUGUGUUCUCACGCUGCGUCCCAGGCUGACUUGGAACUCGCGGGCAUCCCUCUAGCCCUCCUCCUCCUCCUCCGAGCUGGGGUUACAGCCGUGGGUCGCCACGCCCGACUCUAUAAAGGGGUUUUUCCCUCGCUUCUGUGCUCCGCAGCAAGCCAUUUCCCGGGGAUCUAAGGAUGGCGCCAGCCGGCGACUAGGUAUGUAUAAGAGUGGAUUGAUUCCAUGUUAAAUGAAAAUGGCUAAUUCUUUGAGAGGAGAAGUACUAGCCCUUUACAAAAAUCUGCUGUAUCUUGGACGGGACUAUCCAAAAGGAGCAGACUAUUUUAAAAGGCGUUUGAAGAAUGUUUUCCUUAAAAACAAGGAUGUGAAGGACCCAGAGAAGAUCAAAGAGCUCAUUGCACGAGGAGAAUUUGUGAUGAAGGAGCUAGAGGCCUUAUACUUCCUUAGGAAAUACAGAGCUAUGAAGCAACGUUACUAUUCAGAUACCAACAACUAACCAACCAUUGCUAUCAACACCUGGCUGACAGCGCCAGCUGUUUGUGUGUACCAACUAUUAUAAAAUGAUUCCAUUCACACUGUCACAGUACAUGUUUAAAAACCCAGAGGUGCCCUAAUACAUUUGUGUCAGCCUCAUCAAUACUGAGCUCUACUCGUAAUCCUUCAUGCUCAAAUUUUAUUAACACAGCAGCACCUUUCUAAGUUUAGCACCUUUCAUGAGAAUACAAUUUUUCAAGAAAAUAAACAUACCCAAUUUUCUAAUGUUAUAGCGAAUUAUCCUUAGUCGAUUUCUCCAUUUACUAAUGAGACUAUCCUCAGCAAAUGGUGUCUAACAAGUAUAUUAACCUUUAGCUUGUGAGCGCUUGUGAUUUCCCCCAUCUAGUAGAGAAAAGUACAUAUUCAAAGCUGUCUACAAACACCUCCUCAAAAUGAUUUGAAUGCAAUUUUCAAAAUAAGACAUAUCAAGGUGACUUUGAGUUUGAGGAUGCUCAGCAGGUGACUGGCAUUAUGUAGCCGUUAGCUCCCCUUAACCCCAAAUCCCGUCCAGCCUGGACUAGCUUUCAUGGGUAAGGUUCCUGUUUCCACCAUCAAAGCAAAUAUACUUUUGCUAGUGUGGAGUGAGCCUACCUGAACAGGACGCAUAUUUAAGCAAACACUUUAACGUUUAUAUAAUAAUCUUAGCAACUUUAUAAAUAAAGAACUUUCCAAAUUAAAGUGGCAAAAA